UUCCGGCACUCGUGCCCUAUUUUUUUACAGCUUCCCUGAAAUGCCCAUCCCCCUUCCCCGUCCUUAAGAGAACGGAAACGCUGGAGCUCUCCGCUAAUUCUCUUCCCCUUUGUUUCCGUCUUCGCCCACCGGCGGUUUUCUCAACCCUUGUCUGCUUCUUGUCUUCGAUCUCUCACAGUCUCACCUCUAGAACGCCAGAACAAAGGCCGGAUCCAUACACCUCCAGGCCGGCCGGUGCAUGGUUUUUCCGCCGGCGGAGGGGUAUUCCAUGGCGACGGCGGCGGGUGCGCGCGAGAAGCCCCAGUCCUCCCACCUCCUCCACCACUUCUCCUUCCCGAACUUGAAGAGAUGGGGCAACCAGCGGAUGCUCCGCUGCGCCAACGUCAACCGCAAAGGCGAGAUCAUCGGCGGCGAUCGGAGGCCUGCGCCGCCGGCUGCAGCCGGCGAACGGAGAGCUCUUCCUUCCUUUGCGCGGAUCCGAGGGCCGGAUGAGGACGCCGAGGGCGGCGGCGACGACGACGACGACGACGACGACGACGACGAUGACGGAGGGCUCGAGGAGCUCAGGGAGAAGCUCAUGGGCCAUCUCCGCGAGGCAGCAGACCGGAUGAAGAUCGGCGUGCCGCCGCCUUUCUUGGCAGGAGAGCCGGCGAAGGAUGUGCCGGCGCCGGCGCCGGCGAGGGUGCCGGAGGCAGGGGCCUUAUCGUCCGCGGCGGAAGCGGCGAGACCGUGGAAUCUGCGGACGAGGAGGGCGGCAUGCAAGGGUCCAAUCGGGACCGGUGGGCGGCACCCGAGCCCUAAACAUGCUCCGGCGCCGGCGUCGCCGGAGAGAGGUGGUCGGGAGAGGACGGUCCGUCUUAGAUCGAAGAGCGCGGAAACGAGUGAGCGGCCCAAGUUCUCGGUUGCGCUCACGCGGGAGGAGAUCGAGGAGGACAUCUACGCGCUGACGGGAUCCAGACCUCGCCGGCGGCCGAAGAAGAGGCCUAGGACCAUACAGAAACAGUUGGAUUCGGUCUUUCCCGGCUUGUGGCUCUCCGAGAUCACUGUUGACUCGUACAAGGUUCCUGAUGAUUAACCCCAAGGACGGUGGCGCGGUUAGGUUCACCUGCGGUCAGCAAAUAGCAAACACCCUCCUCGCCCAGUCCUUUCUCUCACUUGUAAAAAUUGUGGAUUAAAUCUAUCCUAAUGGCUUUUUUUUUUAAGAAAAAAAGUCUUUUCAUGGUUCAUGGAGAUAGAGACAGUUGUAUUUGAUUGGUUUAGCAUGUUGUUAUGUGUUCGUGUUAGCUUAGCUUGAACCCUAGCUAUCUUGUGGGGCCUUUUCUUUUCUACUGUAUUUGGAUUAAACAGCUUUAUAUUAUCAAUGGAAUUGAAUGAGUUUGUUUUGAGAGUUUA